AUGAACGAUGCCAUAGAUGCCGUAUAUGACCUCCCGGCGCGCUUUGUGGAAUUCUUUGGUGGAAGCAAUGGAGGCAGUGGCGCGGGGACGCCCUCACCCCUCGAAGGCGACCUAAACAAGCUUUUCGACUCGCUGCGAGGGUCGUCCGACAACAAGGAUCACAUGGGCAUCGACUCGACGACGAGCUACCUCACCGAGACGCUGGGCGUCAACCCUGAGAAUGCCGAGCUGCUCGUCGUCAUGGAGAUUGUCCAGGCCCCGGCGGUGGGCGAGAUAACGCGUAAAGGCUUUGUCGACGGCUGGAAAUCCACGGGAGUGCAAGCGACGAACAAGGACCAUGCCAAGCACAUCAAGUCGCUCGUCAAGAAGCUGUCCACAGACCAGGCCCUCUUCAAGAAGGUCUACCGCCACACGUUCAUCGCCGCCAAGGAACAGGACCAAAAAGCCAUCAGCCUCGAGUACGCCCAGAUCUACUGGGAGACGCUCUUUGCGCCGCCGGGCUGGCAGUGGGCAUCACAGAACCACAACUGGCUCGAGCUGUGGAACUCGUUCCUCGCCGCCAAGUGGACGCGCUCCGUCAACAAGGACAUGUGGAACAUGACGCUCGAGUUUGCCUACAAGUCCCUGGAGGACGAGACGCUGUCCUUCUGGAGCGAGGACGGCGCGUGGCCGAGCGUCCUUGACGAGUUUGUCGCGUGGUGCCGCGAAGAGAAGGGAAUCAAGCCGGAGACGAUGGACACGGAUGCGUAG